CCAGUGUCUGCAGCGAGGCGGGAGGCCGCUGGAGGCCGCACUCGAGCGCAGGAGGCGGUCUAUGCCAGGUCUCGCCGUUGCCGUGCUGGCGGAAGUGUAGCGCGCGUACAUUUUGUGUUGUCAACUGAGAAGCUGAGUCUGAACAGGGGAGCCGAAGAGGACGUGGCUGGGGCGCUGGCGGGCGGGGUUGAAGCUCGCAGCCAGUCAUGGAGACGUGGAAUAUGAAUCUACCCCGGGGACCCGAAAACCUGUGCUUCGACAAGGACGAGUUUAUGAAGCCUGACUUUGAUGUCGAUCACUUCGUGUCUGAGUGCAGGAAACGUGUUCAGUUGGAAGAGCUUCGGGAUGAUCUUGAGCUCUACUACAAACUUCUUAAAACUGCAAUGAUAGAGCUCAUAAAUAAGGAUUAUGCAGACUUUGUUAAUCUUUCCACCAAUCUGGUUGGCAUGGACAAAGCCCUUAAUCAGCUUUCAGUGCCUUUAGGACAACUGCGAGAAGAAGUUAUGAGUCUUAAGUCAUGUGUCAGUGAAGGAAUUCAAGCAAUUGAUGAACGGCUGUCUAAACAAGAAGAUAUCAGAAGAAAAAAGAUAUGUGUCUUGAGACUUAUUCAAGUUAUUAAAUCAGUUGAGAAAAUAGAGAAAAUUCUACACUCUCAAAAUUCUAAAGAAGUGUCAUCACUAGAAGGAAGCAGUCCGCUUCUGACUGGACAGAUUUUAGAAAGAAUUGCUACAGAAUUCAACCAAUUACAGUUUCAUGCAGUACAGAGCAAAGGAAUGCCACUAUUAGACAAGCUAAAGCCACGAAUAGUUGGGAUAACAGCAAUGUUGCAACAGUCUCUGGAAGGGCUGCUUUUAGAAGGUCUUCAAACUUCCAACAUUGACAUAAUACGUCAUUGCUUGCGAACCUAUGCAACAAUAGACAAAACACGGGAUGCUGAGGCAUUAGUUGGCGAAGUGCUUGUGAAACCAUAUGUGGAUGAAGUGAUUGUGGAACAGUAUGUUCAGUCUCAUCCUAAUGGCCUCCAGAGUAUGUACAAUAAAUUACUGGAGUUUGUUCCUCUCCAUUGCCGUCUCUUGCGUGAGGUAACAGGGGGAGGUAUUUCAAGUGAAAAGGGGAAUAUUGUUCCUGGAUAUGAUUUUUUGGUAAAUUCUGUGUGGCCAGAAAUAGUUCGUGGUUUAGAAAUUAAGCUGCCAUCGCUGUUUAAUCCUGGGAACCCAGAUUCAUUUCAUGAGAAAUACACCAUAAGCAUGGAUUUUGUAAGAAAGUUUGAACGGCAGUGUGGCUCACAAGCCAGUGUUAGAAGACUGCGGUCACAUCCCUCCUACCACAGCUUUAAUGAUAAAUGGAAUUUGCCUGUUUAUUUCCAAAUAAGGUUUAAAGAAAUAGCAGGGUCCUUAGAAGCAGCCCUUUCUGACGGCUUGGAAGAAGCUCCAGCCGAAAGCUCCUAUUGCCUCUUGGCUACACACACUGUGUGUGCAAGUCUGCAGAAGUGUUGGUCAGCUCAGAUAUUUUUACCAUUGCUAACGCAUCGCCUAUGGAAGCUUUCGCUGCAGAUUGUAGCACGCUAUUCAUUUUUUAUUAAUGAGCUUUUACUCAGGCCCAUUUCUAAUGAAAGUACAAAGGAUAAUAAAAAAACCUUCGUGAGCAGUAGCAAGGAAUCCCCGCUGAACCCAAGCUCUAACGAAGACCAAGGACAUGACUCUUCUCCAGAGUCUCAGCCUUUGCUUUUCAUAUCCACCACACAGCUAGCGCUUGUUGCUGCAGAUUUGGAUAACCUUCAGGAAUGGCUUCCUGAAUUGUUGGAAAUUAUCAAACCAAAACUUGAAACCACUGGUUUCAAGAACAUAGCCUGCAUCUCAGGAGCCCUGGAAGACUCAAAGGAUUCGCUACUGGGUUGCUGGCCAACCUUGAACAGUAAGAUUAUUCAGGAUUUAAGUGACUGUUGCUUCAAUUGCCUGAAAAGUGCUGUUGAAAUUCCAAGGCUAUAUAGAAGAACUAAUAAGGAGGUACCAAACAAGGCAUUGCCCUAUGUUGAGAGUGCUCUUAAACCUUUCUACCAACUGAAGAAUGAGUACAAAGAUACAUUAAAGCCAGUUGUAAUUGAGCAGUGGCUUGAAGGAGCCCUUGGUAUAAGCACACACAAAUACUUUGAAACAAUAUCAGAUAUUCUGAAUUCUGUAAAGAAAAUGGAAGAGAGUUUGAAAAGGCUGAAGCAGGCAAGAAAAACUGUGACUGCAAAUAGUGUCUCUCCAAAUGGAGGCAUGAGCGAUGAUAACAAAAUCCGCCUGCAGCUGGCCCUGGAUGUGGAGUAUUUUGGGAUUCAGAUGCAGAAGAUGGGAUUGCGGCUGAACAACAUCACAAGCUUUUCAGCCCUUUCAGAACUUGUUCAAGCUGCCAAGGAUCAGAUAUCAGCAGAACAAACAUGAUUUUCAGCUGUAUGAGGAGAGGGCAGGCCUGGCCUACAAAAAGGAGAGGUUUCUUUUUCUUUUCUCUCGCCAAAAACUAUGUAGCAAUGAAAUGCUUCCUAAUGCAGUUUCAGCAGCAAGUUAAAUGUGUCUCAAGAUACAAAAAAAAACCUCACUUCACCAAAAAGGAGAGAACCCUAUAGAAGAGCAUUUACUUUUAUUUUCCAUUGUAUGUAAAACUGUUGAUAUGUUUCUAAACAGAACUAUGGAAGUCUUUUUUAUUUUUAUUGUAAAUCUUAUCAUGCGGGAAAACUGAUUUAAUAUUAUUAAAAGAAAAAAGAAAAGCAUUGUCUUCCUUUGUAGCGUUUUAUCACUGGGGACAGUGAAAUGUAGUAAAUAUGUAAGCUCAAGUGGCUUUUUAUUACUAAUCUGCAGAAAAUAUUCAUGGAGGACAGGGCUAUCAAUGGCUACUAGCCAUGAUGGCUGUGCUCUGCCACCCUAGUCAGAGGCAGCAUGCUUCUGAAAACCAAUUGCCGGAAGCCUCAGGAGGGGAGAGUGUUCUUGCACUCGGGUCCUGCUUGCGGGCUUCCCCCAGGCACCUGGUUGGCCACUGUGAGAACAGGAUGCUGGACUAGAUGGGCCACUGGCCUGAUCCAGCAGGCUCUUCUUAUGUUCUUAUAUUAGAAUAGUAAUUUAUUGGCAUCUAAGCAUAUCUUUUAGAACUGUGGGUUGUAUCCAACAGAGCACUAUAUGAACUUCCGUCAGUGCACAGAUUUGUGCUUGCAUAGUAGAAUGUUCUUCCCCUCUCCUGCCCCUGCAUAUUUCCUUCCCCUGCAUAUCCCCUAAGUCUGUUCAAGGGAUCCUCCAACCCUCUGGAACAGAUUUGGCCAGGAGCAGAAGGGGGAAGUCCCAUUGUGCAAAUGGAAAUCCUUGUACUGCCGUGAUCCGUUAGUUGAAUACUGCCCUUUGAGUUGCAUAGGAAAGAUUAAAACAAAUGUGAAUACUGUUCUUGAAUUCUCAAACUAGAAAAAAACAUCCUCUUGAACCUCCUCUUCAAAGAAGUCACACUUGUUUUUUUCUGAAUGAAAAAGGUUUGCCUAGUAGUUCAAUAAAGAAAAUGAAGCAUCUCUUCAAGUGUUUACUUUUUCCCUUGAGUCUUGGAAGGGCCUUAAAUCUAAAGUCUAUCUGUCUCUCUCAUGAAAAACUCAGGACUACUUUUGGGCUUGGAGUUUUCAUUCACAUAAGUUAUAUGAAAACUUACCUAAAAUGUGUUUCCCUGUAACACAUUUACAGGAAAAUUCCACAAUCCACUCCAUAAGAAGUAUACUUUCCUGAGCACAUUUGAAGUCUGAUGUAUAUGGAUUAGCAUAUUUGUUUUGCACAACCUGGGGUAUUCCUUAUUUAAAUCCCUGCCCAGUUUCAAAUGUAGUCUGACCUGCCUAAGUGUGUUACAAAACUAAGCAAAGAUGUAUUGCAACAUAUGAACUUUUUUAAUAGGGUGGGAUAGAAAAUUAUUUAAAUACUUCAAAUACUUGAGUUAUAAAGAUUUUUAAUUCCAAAUAUGUUCACAAAAUGGUAGCAUAUCCUGAGGCCUGCACAAAUCUGCUUAUUGCUGAUACUAGAGGAAUAAAUGGAAAAUCUGUUUUUUAUUUUAGUUUAAAGUGGCCUAAUGUGCCUAUUUGCCUUGUCAUUUUUACUUUAGGUUCCAUCAUAAAGAAGGAACCAAAUUAAUGUGGACUUGAACAAACAUCUUGCUGUUAAAGAACUAUAUUUCUUAUAGUUAUUCAUGAUACAUUACAGUAACAUCAAAUCUUUGCAAUUAUGUGCACCUCCUGUUUUGUUUCGGGGGUGGGGAUAGCUAAUAUUUAAAUACUACAGAUGAGACGAGGUGACUGGUUGAAGGUUUGCUGAUAAUAUUGAAAUGGCCUCCAUGGGAGCAAAAAUCUAAAAUUAUGCCAAAUGUUGGAUGUGUUUUCUACUCUUACUUUGUUUGCAUUUCAUUGGAUGCUCAUCUACUGUGUUAAUAAAAAGAA